UCGCGCACCGAUGCGAUGCGUCGUCUCCAUGGUCUGAUUAAAACCCAUCCCUUCCGUCACUCGAGAGCACCGCUGUAGCAUCACUGACUGCUUCCCAUGAUCGCAGUGAAGAUUCUCCCUGUAGCAGCGACGAGCAAUCCGUCAAGGUCGGAGUUUUCGUGAGAGCACUGGAUCCAUACCCCAAUUCGCCGAGCAUGGAGCAGCAGCCUGAUCUUCCAGCGACCACCAGAGAGAUCGACCCAGCAGCGACGACGACGACGACGACGACGAUGGCGAUCUCAUCACCGCCACUUCCACCACCAUCGCUAGCAGCCCCGGGAAGAAGCCCAUCACUGGCAGCCACCACCAAGGUGAGCAACUGCAAGGAAAACGAUGAGCCGAGUGUUAGAAAGGACAGGGAGGAGUGGAGCGAGGCGGCCAUAUCGACGCUCAUAGAUGCUUACACUGCCAAGUAUGGCCAAUUGAACGGCAAGGGGCUGCGGAGCAAGGACUGGGCCGAGGUCGUGGACACAGUCAACAGCAACCAAAAGUCGGCUAAGACGGUGGAGCAUUGCCGGAACAAAAUGGACACGCUUACCAAGCGCUACAAGUCGGAGAAGAAGAACAAGCUGUCCGGAGCCGAGAGCUCCUGGCCGUGGUAUGACAAGAUGGAGAUCAUACGGGGCUGCUCUCCGGGAAAAUCUGUCACUGCUGCCGCCGCUGCUGCUGCUGCUGCUGCGGCCGCUGCCGCCGCUGCUGCCUCGGCAAGUAACAGCAACAUCAGCAAAGCUUUUGUGGGAGUUAUUCCUCCUGGAAAGGAGAGGAUUAGAAACAAGAGAGGGAAGAAAGUAGUCCUGAGCAACAGCGAAGACGCGUCAGUCCAGAGCCAGAGCGAGAAAAACAAGGAAGGUACUUACCCGCCAGUAAAGCCAGUGGUCGUAGUAGCACCAUCGCCAGGAGGAGGAGGAAUACCAGCACCAGCAGCUCCGCCACCACCACCACCGAGUUUAAGCUUUAGCAAAGUUGAUGGACCCGGUUUCAAGCCUGAAAUACCGACUGCCCCGUAUGCCAGGAUGGAUUCAUCCACUGCUCACCCAAACUUUCACAUCCCGGCAGCCAUUCCUGCUUGGCAUAACUCUCCAGGAGCGGCACCACCACCACCACCACCAGCGGUAACAUUUCCUCAAGUAGCAGCAGCGGCGGCGGCGGCGGCGGCAGCAGCUGCUAGAGAACAGCAAGCCACUGGUAACAGCUUGGACGGAGGAAUAAGCACUGACCACCUCUCGAGAAGUAUUCUGGAGCUAGCAGGAAGCAUGAGGAGCUCGGCGGGGAACUUAGCCAGCAGCAUAAACGGGUUCACGGAAGUGUACGCCAGAAUCGAGAUUGCCAAGAUGGAAAUGCUGAAGGAGCUGGAGCUGAAACGGAUGCAAGUACAGCUUGAGACUGCCGAGAUUCUUAGCCGCAAGAGGAAGCGGGACAGUUCUUCCGAUCCUGAGUGAUAGUAUGUAUAUGUAAGAAAGAUAUAUAGGCUGCCGCUGUGAGUUUUUGUAAUGAAAUUUUCCUCACAGGAAAUAAAAAAACGAGUGAUCUGUUUCGAUUUUCAAGA